GGCACCUAAGUAGUCUCAAUAAUAAUCCCGACGUUAAGAGUUAACAUAAAGCAGGGUUUUUGAGUUUUUUGAAUGAUUACAAUUUAUUAUAUUAAAAUAAUGUGAACAAUUUUGUGUAAUGAACUAAUAACGUAAGUUUGUUAUCGUUCAAAAUAAAGUUAUUUACUAAUAGCAAUCGGUGGGUUUGUUACAACUUUGUGGUGUGAAAAAUGUUUCAUCAAGAUCAACGUUUAAACCGAAUAUUUCGAAGAGUGUUUAGAAAAGAUAUUUCGCCCAAUUUAAAUAAACCGGAAGAGCACGGAUUGGAAUCAUCAAAACAACUUUAUCAAUACAAAACCGUCUUAUUAGGCGAAUCUGCGGUGGGAAAAUCGUGCUUAGCGGUUAGAUUCGUAAAGGAAUUUUUCAAUCCAUACGAAGAAAGCACGGUUGGGGCGGCUUUUUUAAGCAAAACCCUCUAUUUUCCCAAAUUUAACGUAAAAUUAGACAUUUGGGACACCGCCGGCGCUGAAAAUUAUCACGUUAUAGCGCCGUUAUAUUAUAAAAGAGCAAACGCUGUGAUUUUAGUUUACGAUAUCACGAACAGAGAGAGUUUCGAAAAAAUUCAUUAUUGGAUUAGGGAACUUCGCAUGGCGAAUUCUGUAACAACCGUUGCUUUAGUUGGAAAUAAAAGCGAUAUGGAUGUUGAAAGGAGCGUCGAGUACGAGGAAGGACUCGAUUUAGCGAAAUCUUGGGGGUACUUAUUCUUUGAAACUUCCGCAAAAACCGGAUGUAGUGUUGAUGUGGUUUUCGACAAUUUGGCCAGAAAAUUAACGAUGUACAAAGAAAAUUUUGAGGACGAAGAUACUGAAAAAGAACAUCUUAAAAUUAGUCAAGGUUGUUGUUGUUGUAAAUUAUUUUAAGUUAUUUUUAUUUUAAUUGUAUUCUUUAUUUAUUUUUAAUACCAUAACAUGUUUUUAGAAAGAUACAGUUUUAAUAAUGAAGUGUAUCUUAUUUUUUGUUAUUCGAUAUUUCUGGAAUUUGCGUGUUUCUUUGUAAAAUAGGAAGUCUAUCGCAUCCUCUUAUGUAUCCUUGAAAUACAUUAAAGCAUAAAUAAAAACCUA